CUCCAAUUGUUGGGCUCUCACUAUUCGCACUUGAAACUUUCAUACUUUCUGGGUCCUUCAAAGUAGUAAGAAGUUCUGCUCUGAGUUCUAACAACCCCCCAACUGCACAAAACUAGAGGAAGAUGUCUGGGUGUGUGUUGUGGUUAUCAAGGAACCAAAUUUACAGAUUUCCCACGUGCAAACUCAUGGAGAUUUAAUCUUCUAGGUUGCCUUGUCUUCCAUGGUGAAAAGAGAAAAAAAGCUUCAAAUGUUAGACAUACAGAAAUGGAAUUGAAUACAACGGAAGCUCCAGUGAGGCAGCAAAGCUUUGCUGGGAAGAAGAUGACUAAGCUGUUGACAGGAAAGCGCGACAAUGGUCCCUUGCAUUUGGCAGCUAGAGCAGGAGAUUUAGGACUGGUUGUAGAAAUCAUGUCUAAUUGUGGGGAGGAGGAGUUGAAUGAACUGUUGUCGAAACAGAAUUAUGCGGGUGAAACCGCCUUGUAUCUGGCUGCUGGUUGUGGAUAUGUUGGUUUGGUUAAGGAAAUGAUGAAGUACUAUGAUGUUGGUGCAGCUAGUAUCAAAGCUGGGAACGGCUGUGAUGCAUUUCACGUUGCUUCCAAGCAAGGGCACUUAGAGGUACUGAAGAUCCUCAUGGAGGCGAUUCCAGAACUUUCAAUGACCGUUGAUCGUGCAAACACCACGGCAUUGCACAUCGCUGCAGCACAGGGACACACUGAAGUAGUAAGUUUUCUUUUGGAGACUGGUUGCAGCUUGAUGUCCAUAGCAAGAAGCAAUGGGAAAACUGCCUUGCAUUCUGCAGCAAGGAAGGGGCAUUUGGAGGUGGUCCAGGCCCUCUUGAGCAAAGAUACCGGAACUGCAAUAAGAAAAGAUAGUAAGGGCCAGACAGCUCUCCAUAUGGCAGUCAAGGGACAGAAUGUCGAAUUGGUGGAUGAGCUAGCGAAGGCAAAUCCUUCGUCGAUAAACGAGGUAGAUAACAAGGGAAACACUGCCUUGCACGUGGCAACUGGGAAGGGUCGAGCUCAGAUUGUUCGAACGCUGUUAAGUUAUAAGGGAGUGGCAAAAACCAUCAUUAACAGAUCUGGAGAAUCUGUUUUUGACACUGCUGAGAAAUCUGGGCACUCAAAGAUUGCCACCAUUCUAGCAGAGCAUGGGAUUCAAAGUGCCAAAUCCAUGAAGCUGCCGACUUUGAACCCAAAUCGAGAACUCAAACAAACUGUAAGUGAAAUAAAACAUGAGGUGCAUGAUCAGCUUAAGCAAACGAGACAAACAAGAAAGAAAGUGCAUGAAAUGGUAAAGCGGCUCGGCAAAAUGCAUUCGGAAGGGCUUAACAACGCAAUAAACUCCACCACAGUUGUGGCUGUACUCACUGCCACUGUUGCCUUUGCUGCAAUCUUCAGUGUCCCGGGCCAAUACCCUGACCCUAAAAAACCUCUUCCUGAUGGAUUCUCUCCCGGAGAAGCAAACAUUGCCCCCAAAACUGAGUUCAUAGUCUUCUUCAUCUUUGACUCAUUUGCUCUCUUCAUAUCAUUGGGUGUUGUGGUGGUUCAAACUUCUAUUGUUGUCGUAGAGAGGGAGGCAAAAGAGAGGCUAAUGGCAGUCAUAAACAAGCUAAUGUGGAUGGCUUGUGUGAUGGUUUCAGUUGCAUUUCUUGCACUAUCAUAUGUAAUUGUUGGAAAAGAAGAAAAAUGGCUGGCUGUUGGAGUGACAGCUAUAGGGACAGUGAUCAUGGGAAUGACACUAGGAACAAUGUGUUAUUGGAUGGUUGUGCAGCGCGUUGAAGCAUCUAAAUAUCGUUGUCACAUUCGGAGAUCAUCGCUGAGCAUCCGCUCACACUCACACUCAAACUCAAACUCACACUCUUGCUCUUUCUCAGUGAUAUCGGAUUCGGAGCUUCUGAACACCGAGUUUAAGAGUAAGAAAGUUUAUGCAAUUUGAGAUGAAGAUAUCUUACAUAUAAACUGCCUGGCUCCUAACAUGAUUUUUGGGGCCUUAUAUAUAUAUCGAUGUAACAUAAUCUAAAGUAUUUUCAAACAUACAAUGGCAGAAUUCAUUAGAGUCGUUUUCCAAAUGAGAUGGGGUGAUAACUUUUUUGAGUUCUGUCAUGUAGUUUUUGAAUUGGAUGUACCAAGAACAUGUAACGUGGUGUCUCAUUCACUUGCUAGGUUUCAUUGCCAAGAUUGACGCAUGAAUUGAAUGGGAUAAAGAUUAUUAUCA